UUAGAUGCGCUACAAAUAAAAAAUGUGUGCCAGAAAUGACGUAAGAGCACUUCCGGGUCUAAAACAGGAAGUUUUCACAAGAUUAACUGACUUGUUCCGCUUACUUUUUCAACCACAAUUUUAGCACAAUGUUAAUGGGUAUAUUUGCAAUUGUUUUGUUACAAAAUCUUGCACACUGGUACAGUAUAUGAAUUUUAAAAAAUCAUCACAAGGCUAACAGUAAUUAUAUACCCUAUAUAAUGUAAACAGUAGGAGGGACUUUGUAAUGUGCUUUAGUAUAUGAGGCUCUUACAUGAUUUAACAGGAGUUACCAGUUAAUAUAUUUUACAAUCCUUUCUGUGCUUUUAGAUGAAUUUCUAGUUAAGCUACAGAAGGUCAAUCGGAUCUGAAGAUAAAGAUGUCAAGUCUUAUUGCCCAUUAUUUUGACCAGGGGCAUUCUUAUGAUGCAGUUUUGGCUUUUCUUUCCGAGCUCCAUGGCAUUCAUCUCAGCAUGCGAACCCUGAAAUACAAAUUAAAGAAACAGGGACUUAGCAGACGAUUAAACUAUGCAUCCCAAAGAGACACCAUAGCCGCAAUUAGAAAUGAGCUAAGAGGUCCUGGGGUGUUAUUUGGGUACAGAACGAAGUGGCAAGUGCUGAAACAGAAAUACAGGCUAAAUGUAAAAAGAGAGACAGUGAUGAGAGUACUUCCACAGCUAAACCCUAGAGGACACCAAUCAAGAACAGUAAGGCGAUUCGUUCGAAGAGUGUACCACUCACUAGGUCCAAACUACAUUUGGCAUGUGGAUGGCUAUGAUAAGCUGAAACCUUUUGGAUUUGCGAUUAGUGGCUGCAUUGAUGGCUUCUCUCGUCGCCUAAUGUGGUUAACAAGUGGACCAACCAACAACAAUCCAGCUGUCAUAGCUAAUAACUAUGUCAACUGUGUAGUGUCCAACAAAAUUAUUCCAAUGAGACUCCGAACGGACUGCGGAACUGAAAAUGGUACCAUGGCAGCAAUUCAAGCUAUGCUGAGAAGACAUCAUAAUGAUUACCAUGCUGGAAACAGAAGUCAUCUGUAUGGCUCCUCCAUGUCAAAUCAAAGAAUUGAAAGUUGGUGGUCAAUUUUCAGGAAAGGAAGAGCUCAGUUUUGGAUGGAUCUCUUUGGAGACAUUCGUGACUUUGGGCUAUUCAAUGGGAGUCACGAACACCAGUGCCUGCUUCGCUACUGUUUUAUGAAUAUACUUCAGACUGACUUUAAUGAAUGCACUUCCCUUUGGAAUCUCCAUCGAAUUAGACCUUCACGGAUGUCACUCUGUCCCGGGGGCAUACCAAAUGAAAUGUACAGAUUGCCGCAAAGAUUUGGAGCCCGAGAUUGUGGAUUCCCAUUGGAUGUACAGGAGCUGCAACAGCUGUCAGAAAAUUACGGAACAGUCAACAUUUGCGGAGAUGAGGCAAUUUACUUUUAUUUGAAUAAUGUUAUUCAACAGUGCAGACUUCCACAGGCAGAAAAUGUAGAAGCAGCUCUGGAAAAUUACAUACAGCUAAAAGAAAUGUCUGGCAUGUAA